AUGUCUUUAACGUCGCUAGAGAGGCUAUUUUUGAUAGGUCAUCAAUUUCUGGAUGCACACCGCACAACUAUUUUGAUUGCUACAAGCACUGUGUUGACAGCAUGGAUUUACAAUAAAUUUUGGGUCAAUCGUCAAAAAUAUAGAGCUAUUCAAUCGAUUAAAGGCAAGACAGUAUUAAUCACAGGUGGAAAUACUGGCAUUGGCUACGAAACUGCUAUGGAACUUCUUCAACGAGGUGCUCGAGUUGUUCUUGCUUGUCGAAAUGUCAAUAAAGGAUAUGAUGCUAUGAAUAAGCUUGUUGCUAAAACUGGUUCUAAUCAAGAGAGUAUUCGAGUAAUGGAAUGUGAUUUAUGCUCAUUGGAUUCAGUCCGAGCUUUUGCUAAAAUGUACAACGAAGAAGAAAAUAGGCUUGAUAUUUUGAUUUGUAAUGCGGGUCUCGGUUGGUCACCAUCUGUUCUUACUAAAGAUGGUUUCAACGCAGUGAUGCAAGCAAAUUAUCUUGGACAUUUUCUACUCACAAACCUUCUAAUAGAUAAAUUGAAAAAAUGUCGACCAAGUCGAAUUAUCAAUGUUUCAUCCGAAUUGCAUAAAGCUGUGAAAUCGAUUGAUUGGUCCGAUGCACUUACACAAAUUCAUACUAGUCGAUGGAUGGGUGCCUAUCCACUAUCAAAAUUAUUUCAAAUUCUCUCGACACUCAAAUUAAAAGGAGAUUUACCGAAUACUGAAGGCAUCAAUAUAUUUGCAUUGACACCUGGCUGGGUUUCAACAUCCAUUCAAGAUCCAGUGGAAUAUGGUCUUGGUAUAUUUGGCCUUAUUUUUUACUAUCCAUUACUCUAUUGCUUGAAAUUUGCAUUUGCAAAGACAGCGAAGACUGGUGCACAAACCGUUAUUUACUGUGCUGUUGAAUCAAAACUAGAACAAUCACAAGACUUAUACUUUGAAAACUGUGCUGCUGCAAAAGUAUCAUCAUUAGCUAUUGACGAAGUCUCAAUUGAUCGUUUAUGGAAAGUGAGUUGCGAAGCAGUUGGACUUUAA